ACAAGGCAGUCGGAAAUAAUUUCAUUAAUUUGUCGUGUGAUGUUUGUUGGUGGGCCACUCCCAGAUCUCCAUGAGUGUAGUUCAUCUUGAAAUAAUACUUAAAAACUUGCACACUCAUUUUCCAUGCUUUGAUGAUACUGACUGUUCGCAGUUCAUUGAACUACUGCUGAUAUCCAACAGGGGUCAGAGCAAUCAAAAACAGCAUGAUACAAAUACUAGGGCAUGCUCAAUCUGAAGAUGCUUUGCUCAGCACCAGAUACAAGUCACGUGAUUAUAGUGCAUUUUUAUGCAGUGUAUAGGAGAGACCUGAAUGUGAAGUUAUACCCGAUUAGUCCAAAAUAAAAAGGAAAAUAUAAUUGUUAUCAUAAAUUUAUAAAAUGAUACCAAGUUCAUUUAGUGCUCUGCCAAUUCUCUUCCACUGUGGCACUCCCUUUUCCUUGUGUCCUGUCUGCUUGGCAUCUAUGGGUCUUUGCUUCAGACAACUGGUGCCCCUGCUUUGUCGAUGCCCUAACCAUGUGCUUACUUUGCUUAUUGGGUAAUCUGUCCCAGGCAUCAAGGAAUAUUCAUUAGAUCUCAUGCUCAUUUUGUACCAUCUUAUUUUGUAGGUCCCUAUACCACCCCCAGCUAUGAGCAGAAGAGAAUUCAUAGGGACAUACGGAAUGAAAACAUCCCGAUUCAAAGUAGGACCCAGUAGGCUCUUUUCAUGGGAUAAAAAAAAAAGAGGCUAAGGUGUUGGUCAAGACACAAUCUAAAAAGACUCUUUAAAAAGAGAAUUGAGAAGAACUCAGACAAACUAGGGCACAUAGAAGUUCCUGUGAAUACAUGGGACACAUUUAUUUCCAAUGUAGAAAGUAGUUUGUAAUUUUUUUUUUAACUCUCCCUUUGUUGAAUUAGAUUCCCUAUUCAUUUCACCGUAGUUGCUUGAAGUAAGCAUUUUUAAAAACUCUAACAAAGAGAAGUAGGUUUUUUUUAUAGGUUGGAAGUUAGGAAAGAAGGUUUGUUGAUCAAAUUAUCUUUUGCAUCCCUCCCACUGCUCCGCUAAACACCAUCCUGGAAGUCCAGAGACAUGGAGAUAAAGAACUACAGUAGCAGUACUUCAGGCUUCAUUCUUCUGGGCCUCUCCUCCAACCCUCAGCUGCAGAAGCCUCUCUUUGCCAUCUUCUUCACGAUGUACCUGGUCACCAUGAUGGGGAACAUGCUCAUCAUCCUAGCCAUACGUUCUGACUCCAGGCUCCACACACCUAUGUACUUUUUCCUCAGCAACUUGUCCUUCAUGGAUAUCUGCUUCACAAUGGUCAUUGUGCCCAAGAUGCUGGUGAACUUACAAUCAGAGACAAAGACUAUCUCCUACCUGGGCUGCCUAGUCCAGAUGUACUUCUUCAUGGCCUUUGGGAAUACUGACAGCUAUCUGCUGGCAUCAAUGGCCAUAGACCGGCUGGUGGCCAUCUGCAACCCCUUUCAUUAUGAUGUGGUCAUGAACCCACGGCGUUGUCUUCUUAUGUUACUGGGUUCUUGCACCAUAUCCUACCUGCACGCCUUGCUCCGGGUGCUGCUCAUAUCUCGCCUCUCUUUCUGUGCCUCUCAUGUCAUUAAGCACUUUUUUUGUGACACUCAGCCUGUGCUAAAGCUGUCUUGCUCUGACACCUCCUCCAGCCAGAUUGUGGUCAUGACUGAGACUCUGGCUGUCAUCGUGACCCCUUUCUUGUGCGUCCUCUUCUCCUACAUACGGAUUAUCAUCACUGUGCUCAGAAUACCCUCCGCAGCCGGGAGGUGGAAGGCCUUCUCUACCUGUGGCUCCCACCUCACCGUAGUAGCUCUGUUCUAUGGGAGUAUCAUCUAUGUUUAUUUUAGGCCCCUGUCCAUGUACUCAGUAGUGAAGGACCGAGUAGCCACAGUUACAUACACUGUGGUGACACCCAUGUUGAACCCUUUCAUCUAUAGCCUGAGGAACAAGGAUAUGAAGAGAGGUUUGGGAAAGUUAAGGGACAGAAUUCACUCAUAGAACAACAAGAUGAUGGAAUGUCAAAUUUGGGAGAUGACCUAAGAGACUGUCAGGUUAUCCUUCCCUCUUUAGCUAUUAUCCACAUAGCAUCCAAGGAUGUCAUGAGAAGUGGUAUUGGA